AUGUCGAGAGAUUCCUGGACCGAAACCCCAUGGUCCUGGUUUGGCAGCGAGCUGCGCUUUGGCACCUCUGAAGGAUCAAUUCGGGUCCGGGAGGAGUCCCGCGGCCCUCGUGGCCGUGCGCGCUGCAGUGUCUCAGGCUCAGAAUACGAUCUGCGACGGCUGGUUGCCCGGCCUGCCGCAGUCUCCGGCCACGUGUCCCUAGAGGCCUUGGAGUCAGUGCAGCGGGAGGCUGAGCUCUCCGAGCGAGCAGGCAAGCACCCGAACAUCGUGCGAUGCCACGGGAUUCUGGUGCAAAACGUUGGUGCUGCGCACUGCCAGCUUCUUCUUUGUGAGCCGUGUGCUUCGGACUUGUCGCAGCAUGUGGCAUCCAAGGGUGGCACUCUUCUGGCUGGUGAGCUGGCUGAUCUUGGCCAGCAGCUGGCAAUGGGACUCUCCCAUCUUCAUAGCCUUGGCAUGCUGUAUGGCAGCCUUGCUGCAAGUGGAGUGCUCCGAGGUUCGCUGGAUGGACUCUGGAAGCUCGGGGACUUUUCGCGUGCAGCAGCCCUGCCCGUUGCGGCUUCGGAGUGGCGCAGCCGCAGCGGGGCGAAACCAUGUGAGGCACCCCCUGAGGCCCGUGGUGGCACCGAUGAUGCACUCAAGCCCGAGGCGGAUGUGUGGCUCCUGGCCUCCUUGGUCUUGGCUACGCUUUGUGCGGCAAAGCCAGGCGACGCUUUCUUUGCUCUAGCGCCGGAGCGGUUGACUUGCGUGGAGGCGCCGGAGGCCCGGCCUAGUGCUGGUGAAGCGGCGGCGCUGCUCGGUGUCGCCCCAGGGCGCACAUUGAGCCUUGUGGCCUUGCAGCCACACUCUGCCGCGCCAUGCAAGGAGCUGCUCGAGGAGAUGCCCCGCUGCGAGCGCCGGCGCUGCGCCGGCGCGGCGCUCGCAGCCGCGCGGCAGCGCGCGGCGGAAGCCGCAGCGGCAGAGGAGCGGCUCAGAGAGCAGAGAAGGCACAGAAGCUUUGAGAGACUGCAGGGCAGCUCCCCGUCGAAGCUGGCGGAUCUUCCGCUGGAAAGGCUCGGGGGAGGGUUGCUUUUGCUGGGGCAAAUGAAGUAA